AUGAUUGAUGGGAUUACUUAUAUUGAUAAUGAGGAGGAUGAUACUGAAGAUGAUAAAUUAAGUUUGUUGACAAAGCUGGCAACCGAAGGUCAAUUGUAUCAUAGCAAAAGGGUCAAGAAAAGGGGUCCUUACCAAGUGUCACCAUAUACAGACCCUUUCAAGAAGAAGAUAAAAGUCCAACCAGAAUUCAAUCCUAUUUCAGAGUAUCCCAAAGAAUGGGAAUUUGAAAUGGAUGAAUUCUAUAAGAAUCUCAUCAAUCAGGCUAAGAUAAUCGAUUUAAACGUCAUUGAUGCAAAGAAGGAUUGGUUUGAUACAAUAAUGGACCAAAGCAAGUGGCUAUUAGAUACGCAUCUUGACAUUGCAAUGGAUUUCAUUCGUAAACGAAUGUCUGAGAAUACUGAUAUUUUUAGACAAAAAUGUGCGAUUAUGGAUACAUUUUUCCAUACAUAUCUCAACAUGUGUUACCAAUUGUACGAAGAGAACACUGAGCCUUCACAUUGGGAUGGUGAUAAUCUUCUGCUACAUUUUAUUGAUAGAUCUAGGGCAGGAACUAUUGUCUGGUCCAAUUUGGAGAAGAACUUCAAAAGAAGAGGAUCAUUUGCUAUGAUUCACUUCUCAAACACAUCAGACGAGAAAUUUAAUAAUGAAAUGAAAUUUAUUUCAACAUUGAUCCCUAAGAUGUUGAAGCGUGCCAAAGUCAUCGAUGAUGAAUCUCCAUGGCCCAUAGAGCGUGAACCUGAUGUACCUCAACAAGAAAAUGGUUCCGACUGUGGCAUGUUCUGUAUAAAAUUCAUAGAGAUUCUUUCAGCCGAUAAGGACGUGACCAUUUUGAAAGCUCAGGACAUGGGAUUUAUUCGGAAAAAAUUUACCGUGGAGACAUGGAAAAUAGGGAUGUUGGGAAUGUAA